UGGAUUCGUUUCCAUGACAACCACCACCAACAACCAGCACGCAAACGACUUUAAGGACGCCAAGUUCUCUCUUUCUCUUUCCAGGGUUCCUUUUGGAGAGAUAUCUGCAAAUAUUUGAUUAUUUUAGUUGACCACACGUUCAGUGGGAACAACACCUCCAUCCUCAUCGUCGGGUCCAUCUUCAUCCCUUCAUCUCUGCGUAGACAUGCCCUCCUGCAGACCCAAGGGGGAAAAAACCCCGCUCAGCAGCCCGAAGAAGGAGAACUCCACCACUGGAGGAAUGGAUCCAUCCCAUGAGAAGCACAAGGAGGAAACAAUUCUAAUCAUCAGCAAAGACUUAAUCCGCACUCUCAGGAUCCCGCGAAAAGAUCCUCCAAAAAAGUCCAUCACUCUUCCAUCAGCUGAGUUUGAGCAGAUCACCUCAGCAUCCCGUUUUCUCACCCAGGAGGAGAGAGAAGCCCUGAGAAAGACCUACCAGAAGGAGAGGGAGGAAAGAUUGAGAGCUGCUGAGGAGGAGAAGAGUCGAAUCCAGGAGGCGGCUCUUUCCCAAAGCAAGAACCGGGAGUUGAGCGACCUGGAGCUGGAGGCUCAGAAACGUGCACAGCGGCUGGUGGAGCGGGCCGAGGCUUUGAAGAUGGAGCAAGAGGAGGAGAUCAAGCAGCUCAACCAACUGAUUCUAGGCACUCAGUGUCAAGCCACGUGUGACGCCCAGAUCGAGGAGAAAGAACAGAUCAAGGUGGAGCUGGCCGAGGAGGAGAAACGCCUGGACACCCUGAUGGAGAAGGAGCGCCGCAAGGCUUUGGAGAGUUUGGAGAAGAUGGAGGAGCUCCGCAAACAGCAGCUGAUCAGGGGGAGGCAGGAAAUCUGCGACCAGAUCCUGCUAAAUCUGGAAGAAAGGCAACUCCAAGAGGAGAUAAAAGAGCAGGAGAAACUUCAGCUCUGUCAGGACCAGGACAGAAAGAACCUUGAAGAUCUAAAGACCCUGGAGAAGAAAAUGCUGGAGAAGAAGCUUCUGCAGGAAGAGAUCAUACGCAUCAACGCCGAGGUUGCAAAAGCCAAGGAGAGGAGAGCUGAGGAGGAGAGACUGGCUGACACACGAGCCAUGGAAUACCUGCAGAAGAAGCUGGAGCGGGAGGCGGAGUACGAGGCCGAGCAAAAACGGAUCAAGAAGGAGAAGGAGAUGGAAAUUGCCAGGCUGAGGGCCCAGCAGCAAAGAGCCAAAGACCACAAAGCAGAGCAGGAUGAAAUCCGGGCGAAGAGAAACCAAGAAGCCGAGGAGAGAAGGUGGAGGCAGAAGGAGAAAGAGCUGGCGAUCAAGAAGGCGCGUGAAGAAGCAAAACUGAGGGCUGCCCGCCUGGAACAAGUUCAGAACAAAGAGCACUGCCUGUCCAUCGAGGCCGGCCGGGAGAAGGCCGCAUUCGAGAGAGUCCUGGAGGUCCAACAAGAGGAGAUGGCCAAGCAGAAAGAGAACGAGGAGAGGAAGCGUGAGAAGGCACAGCAGCACGCGCUGGCCAUCCGUCAGCAGGUGAAGGAGCGCGAGCGCUCAGCCGCCGCCAGGCGCAAAGAAACCUUCAAGGAGGCCGACCGGCAGAUGGAGGAGGCCAGGCACAGACAAAUGAAGCUGGCUGAAAUCAAAGAGAAGAAGCUGCAGCAGCUUAGGAAUGUGGGUCUCUCGGAAAAAUACUGCGCUCAAGUGGAAAGAAAGGCUCAGAAAUUAUUUCAGCCCCAUUUGAAGAACUGAGAGGAACCGGAGUUUGGUUCUGCGAAGAAAAGACACCUCAGUCACGAAACCUUUUACAGAAUUCUCACAUUUUGAUUAUUAAUUAAAAUAAAUGAUAUUUGACUUUUUGAGUAGAAA